AUGGAGACAUGGCUGAAAGCUCGCAUAGAUGACGCGAGGAGGCGGGCGGCCUUAACCGUGCUGGAUGGCUUAACCGUGCUGGAUGGAUACCGGCUCGAAGACCCAGAGGAGAAGCAGCUCUUCCUCAGCCGCUUCCUGCUUAAGAUCGAGAUCUUGGACCGCAAGAUCCGACAGGGCGAGACGGCAGAGUCUGAUGCUCUAGCUUUGUUGCCUGGCCCGGACUGGGAGGCUUGGACUUUCGUUGCCGUGGUUGCAGCAAACCGUGCAGAUGCUACGGCUGCUGGACUAGUGCUCCGGCCCGUGGUGUUCCCGCCGGCUGCACAGAUGGUCCCCGACUCUCCAAACAGGGAUGACGCUGAAGCUUCCAGUCCGCCUGAGACGGAGACGGAGAAAAAAGCGGUGGUGCUUUCAAGCUACACCCCGGCCACCACGCUCUUCCUGCAGACCAAAGGUAAACGUGCAGGUGUGCUUUGUGUUCACCGUGCUACUUGGAUCAAAGUGGAAGGCACAAGUGUGGAAGGCUACGAGCAUUUGUUCCGCAUCGCGGAGGUGUGGCCUUUGCUGUCCCGCAAACAGCAGUUCACAAACUGGUUCACGAAGAAAGAGACGAUGAUGGCCAGGCUUUCUCGGAAGUGGUCCGUUGACUGCGACCUCCACAUCCCCAGAAAGUUGGGGUACAAAGGUAAGCAGCUCUCAGCAGGUGCAGGGAAGCUGCGGCUGUCUUUCGAUGGGGUUGCCUCAGCUCUCCAGGUCAAGGGCUGCAAGAAGACUUUGAAGGACGGCUGCCUAUCCGGCUUCGAUCUUCUGAUCAGCACUUUGCGAUGUCUUGCUUUCGACUUGGAUUUGGCGGCAUGGGAGAGAUGCUUGAAAUUCCUCGGCAUCCAAUCUAGGUCGCUCGGACUCGUUUUGCCUGUUGAUUUUGCAGUCUUUGCCACGCUCAGAUUCCUUGCAGGUGGGAGAGGUGCUCCAUGCUCUCGCAUGCUCAGCAGAAACUGCAAGCAGGCCUUGCAUAACCCAAAAUACUUUUUCCACGAACAACAGUCCCCAGGUGUGCCACUGUCGGCUGCUUCGUGGUUCCUGAUGAGAUUGCCUUUCGAAGACGUUGUGUGCGAGGCCAGCGAUCGGGAUGGUUCUGCUUCAGCCGUGUUGUUGCUUCCAAGAUUUUUCCACUCAUGCCUUUAUGCCUUGCUGCCAGGGCACAGUCAAGGUGUCCAGACUUCAACGAAGACUGCUUCACUUGCUCUCCCAGUCUGGCGAGAAUCACUUGGGCAAUAG